CGCCGCCUGCAGCGUGACCGCCGAGACUGACGUGGAAGACACGUCAAAUUGAUCCGAGCGAGCGGCCGGCCGGCGCUGCGCGGCUCUGCCCUCCCGCGGGUGAACAGCACCUGGGGCCGGGCCGGGCCGGGCCGGGCCGGGGCUGCCCGCCGAGGAGCGCGGGCCGGCCUUCCGCGCUCUCUAUGCCCCGGCCGGGGCAGGCUCCGCACCCCAGCCCGCGCGCAGCCCCGGCCGCGCGGCCAUGGAGCAAACGUACGGCGAGGUGAACCAGCUGGGCGGCGUGUUCGUGAACGGCAGGCCCCUGCCCAACGCCAUCCGGCUGCGCAUCGUGGAGCUGGCGCAGCUCGGCAUCCGACCCUGCGACAUCAGCCGGCAGCUGCGCGUCUCGCACGGCUGCGUGAGCAAGAUCCUGGCGCGCUACAACGAGACGGGCUCCAUCCUGCCCGGCGCCAUCGGGGGCAGCAAGCCGCGGGUCACCACGCCCAACGUGGUCAAGCACAUCCGAGACUACAAGCAGGGCGACCCGGGCAUCUUCGCCUGGGAGAUCCGCGACCGACUGCUGGCCGACGGCGUGUGCGACAAGUACAACGUGCCCUCGGUCAGCUCCAUCAGCAGGAUUUUACGCAACAAGAUCGGGAACCUCUCCCAGCCCGGCCCCUACGAGGGCAGCAAGCAGCCUCCGCCGCAGCCCGCGCUGCCCUACAACCACAUCUACCAGUACCCCUACCCCAGCCCCAUGUCCUCCUCGGGCGCCAAGAUGGGCAGCCACCCGGGCGUGCCGGUCACCGCGGCCCAUGUCAGCAUCCCCCGGUCCUGGCCCUCGGCUCACUCCGUCACCAACAUCCUGGGGAUCCGCACCUUCAUGGAGCAGACAGGGGCUCUGGCUGGGACAGAGGGAUCUGCCUACCCACCCAAAAUGGAAGACUGGCCCGGUGUGAACAGAACUGCCUUCCCUUCUGCACAGGGCGUCAAUGGGCUGGAAAAAGCUGCCAUGGAUGCGGACAUCAAGUACCCGCAGCCGACCCCCGGGCUCUCCACCAUGGGCAGCUUUCUCCCGGCCUGCGCCUACCCUUCUUCCAACCAGCACGGAGUCUACGGCGGACCUGGAGGAGGUUACAUCACUCCAGGCCACCACUGGCAGGCACAGAGCAACCCCUUGGCCCAUCACGGGCCUGGAGUGACGGUGCACAGCGGGGAUCUGGCCACCGCCAUGGCUUUCAAGCACCCCGGCAGAGAAGCUGCAGACAGGAAACCUACUAGUCCUGUUGGCAAAGCUCAAGACACACUCAGUAAUAUACAUGGACUUUCUAUCCCAACCUCAUCUUCCUAGAGCUCCUGGGACUUCAGCCAAGAGUGAGAAAGAGAGAUGUGGAGCACACACCUGCAACUCCAAAAAUGUAACCGAACCCAGGAGCAUGACUGUAUUGGAAAAGGUGCCUUUGGAGAGGAAAAGGCGGUGUUUGAAACAAACCCAGGCAGUGAGAAGAGAGGACAUUCUUUCAUGGCAAAUUAAUGCACAUGUGAAUGUGAUCUGGACUUUCAUUCACAUCAUGCCUUGAGUGAGACAUUUCCUCGAUCCAGUUGGAAAGGAUUUUCCCUUUUUUUCUUUCUCUUUCUCUUUCCUUCUUUCCUGUCACUUCAGACAACCUCUGGAUGUAUCCCAACCACAGAUUUUUCACUACAUUUCCCAUCAUCAUUCAUGGCUUGCAGUGUCUCCAACUUCACUCUUACACUUCCAAGUGCCUUUCCUCUAGAGAGGGAUCAUUGGGUGUCUACAAAGCCUUGACCCAGACGACUGUGCUCUGAAGCAUUUUCCCCCUUCUCUCCCUGAAAGUUUUUAAUGUCUCCACUCAGAGUGUAAAUGGACAAAUAUGCAACAUUUUAUGAUAUAUUUUUAUAAUAACAAGCCAUAAUAAAAAGUGACUACAAUCCGUACAUGGCAUUUGGGUUCCUUCCUGGAGCCUGCUGGCCUCAGCCUUGAACUGAGGACUGGUUAAGCACUGUCAGCUUCUUGCUGUGCAGUUCUCUUCCAAAUCCGUUUGAGCCUCAAAUAUCUCAUCCUUUCAUGUGUGGCUCUGGAGGGAGUUUGCUGUGAGGAACUGCUUGCUUUGGAUGAUCUCUUUAAAAGAGGUGGCUUUUCCUCACUAAGAUUGCUUUUAAAAGCACUGGGUUGGAAUUGAGAAGAUCCAGGUUCCAUAAUCAGCUGUGCCCCUUAUGUCUAGUGUGCCUGGGCUGGUCACUCAGGCUGUGUCUGUACUGUGCUAGUGGACUUAUCAGUCAUACCACUGAGGAAAUAACCCCCUCCCACCCACUUCAGCUUGGCUCAUGCCAGCUUUUAAAAUUAGGUGUUUCAGACACUCUAGAAGUGCUCCUGGCACUGAAUUCAGGACGUGGGUUUCCACUGGAAUGGGAGCAAGAGUGGGCUUAUUUCCUCAGUGGUGUGAUUGAGCGCUCAACCAUCACAAGUCAGACCUACCCCCAGUUUCUCUGUGCCUUGAUUUCCCAUAUGUAAACCACUAGUUCCUUUGUCCUCUCUACUGAAGGAGGACAAGGGCAAAAUGGUAAAGGCAUCUUGCUGUUUCUCAAGAGGUGUGAGUUUGGACUCUUCUCUGUACCCAUAAUAAAGGCUGCCC